CAAGAAUCCCUGUGUCUAAGGUGGGCUUUUCCGCGUUGUGGUCUCACUCAGCCUGCCGAGCUUAUCCAGUCUUCCUGGUUACCCUACAACCUUUAUUACGAGAUCGUCAGUGCCCCGGGAAAUGUCGAACCCGCGAAGGCAUGACGUGUGCCUUAUUACUAUGGUUGAUCGAUCCAAUCGGUUAGGCGACUUAUGGACGGACAAAGCUGGUUUCUUUGUGCUAGGGAGGAGUGUGAGGAGUCGAAUGGUGUCUCUUGUGUCUCCCUUGCCGAUACUCCAUCGCGGCUUCUUCUGUCCGAACACUCAUUGCCAUUACCGAAUGCCCGAAAUAAGAUAUCUGCUCCGCGGCAAUGCCUGGUUGUGCCUGUUGUGGGUCCGCGCCUGCGACGGGGAAGCCAAAAAGGCCAACAAAAAUGGAUUGCGGUGCCUUCUUCCACCUAACCCUGGUGUCCUAGAGCACUAUUGUCAACCUUUGAUUCGGUUUGGCAAUGAUUGCUUCCUUCUCGUUUCGAUCACCCUGCUCAAACAUCAGAUAUUUACACUAUGUCUUAUCAUUUCAAAAUCUUUCUGCCUGGGGCAUGCAUCUGACUGAUCCCCUAAGAUGGCAACCAUGAAGAAACAACUACCACCAAGCACCAAGAUCGUACCUUUCUUCCAUCAGCCCAGUCGAACGUCAAGCAACGACACUGUGUCUUUGUUCUCCGCUUCAAAGCCCGUCUCCAGGAGCACUUAUCUGACUAGAGGGAAAGCAAGCCCACUAUCAUUUGACCUACACAACCUCUCAAUACAGGCCCUCGUUUGGCUUCCGCGAACU